CCUCCGGCUCGUCGGGAGCGCGCCUCUGCAGGACGCUCCGGCUCGUCGGGAGCGCGCUGCAGGCUGGUCACUGUGAGUCUGCACCUGGACCCGAAGGAUGUCCGCGGUGAAGCUGGAGGUGUGGCGGGAGCGGAUCCGUAAAGAACUGGACGACACGGUGGACUUCUGGCUCAAAUACUCUCAUGACACGAAACACGGAGGCUUCUUCACUUGUAUCGGGAGGGACGGCAAGGUUUACGAUGAGCUGAAGUACGUCUGGCUGCAGGGUCGACAGGUGUGGAUGUAUUGCCGCCUGUACCGAACCAUGGAGCGCUUCCACAAGCCGGAAAUCCUGGAAGCUGCAAAAGCCGGAGGAGCUUUCCUCAGGAAGUUCGCUCGCGUCUCCGACGGUGUCUCCGGUGGCGGCCGGUGGAAGUGCGCCUUCUGCUUGACGCGAGAUGGCAAAGCGGUCAAGAUCCAGAGGAGCGUGUUCAGCGAGUGUUUCUACAUCAUGGCCGUGGACGAGCUGAGCAGGGCGACUGGAGACGAGGACAUGCAGCUGGAGGCGGAGCAGAUGAUGCAGCAGGUGAUCUUCUGGGUUCGGGAGGACUCGUCGGGUCUGGGCCGGCCGCCGCUCCCCGGAGACGCCCCCCCCCCCAGCAGCAUGGCGGUGCCCAUGAUGCUGCUGUGUCUGGUGCAGCAGCUGACCGAAGGCCGGGGUCAGGAGGUCGCUCAGAAGUACGGGGAGCUGGCCGGCUGGUGCGUGCAGCAGAUCCUCCAACACGCCCAGAGAGACGGCACAGCUAUUCUAGAGAAUGUGUCACUGGAGGGGGCGGAGCUACCGGGUUGCCAGGGCCGACUGCAGAACCCAGGCCACGCCCUGGAAGCGGGCUGGUUCCUGCUCCAGGUCAGCGGCGAGCGGCAGGACGAGGAGCUCCGGAGGGUCGCCGUCGACAAGUUCGUGGAGCUUCCUUUUCGGGGCGGCUGGGACGAAGAGCACGGCGGCCUCUUCUCCUUCCUGGAUGUGGACGGCCACUGCCCCACACAGUUGGAGUGGAACAUGAAGCUGUGGUGGCCGCACUGCGAGGCGCUCGUCGCCUUCCUCAUGGCCUACAGCCACACCAGGAGGCCGGAGCUGCUGGAGAGAUUCUCUCAGGUGUACGAGUACACCUUCAGCCACUUUCCCGAUGCUGAGGGCGGAGAGUGGUUCGGCUAUUUGACUCAAGAGGGGAAAGUGGCCCUGGACUUCAAGGGAGGCCCCUUUAAAGGCUUCUUCCACGUGCCUCGCUGCCUCUACAUGUGCGAGCGGAUGCUGGAUGAUCUCCUGGCGAACGGCGACUGAGCGCUCCGACCACGAAGGGGUUGAACGUCUUUUUUGCUAAAUCGAACCACAAUAAUCAGUCGUGUAAUGAACAUUACACUCAUUUAAAAUAAUUUCAGAUACUU